ACUCCUCCCCGCGGUGCCUCAGUUUAGCGCGCGCGCCCGCCCCGCGCUCCUGACGUGCCGCGGACGCUAGCGACCAGCCGCGCUCCGGAGGAGGGGCUCGGCUGAGGGCCGCCGGCCGGGCGUUUACAGAAGCGGUAACUGAGGAUGGAAGACCUGUCUCAUAAGCGGUAGGGCUGUUUUGAAUCCAGGCAGCCUAACUAAUGUUCUUGUGUUUGGUCACUAUAUCAUACUGAGAUACAAAAGGAUGCCACGGAGAAAGAAAAAAGUUAAAGAAGCCACUGAAGCUCAGAACUUGGAGAAGAAAGAUGCAGAAACUUCCAGUUUGGUCAAUCUGAAGAGGAAACGUAGGCUUGAAGAUGCUUUCAUUGUGAUAUCUGAUAGUGAAGGAGAGGAACCAAAGGAAGAGAAUGGAUUGCAGAAAAUGAAGACAAAACAGUCGAAUAGAACAAAGUGUUUGGCCAAAAGAAAAAUUGCACAAAUGACAGAAGAAGAACAGUUUGCUCUGGCUCUCAAAAUGAGUGAGCAGGAAGCUAGGGAGAUGAACAGCCAGGAGGAAGAAGAAGAGGCACUCUUGAGGAAAGCCAUUGCAGAAAGCCUGAAUAGUUGCCGGCCUUCUGAUGCUUCUGCUACCAGAUCUCGACCUCUGGCAACUGGACCAUCUUCACAGUCCCACCAAGAGAAAACCACAGACUCUGGGACCACUGAAGGCAUAUGGCAGCUGGUACCUCCAUCACUGUUUAAAGGCUCACAUAUCAGUCAGGGAAACGAGGCUGAGGAAAGAGAGGAGCCUUGGGACCACACUGAAAACACUGAAGAGGAGCCGGUCUUUGGCAGCUCAGGAAGCUGGGAUCAGUCAAGCCAGCCAGUGUUUGAGAAUGAGAACGUUAAAUGUUUUGACAGAUGUAUUGGCCACUUGGCUGAGCACACACAGUGUGGGAAGCCACAGGGAAGUACUGGGAGGGGUUGUGCUUUUCACAAAGCUGCCCAGGGUAGGGGGGACACAUCUAGGCACUGUCUGCCUACCUCAGCAGAUACCAAAGGUCUCCAGGAUGUUGGGGGCACUGUACACUACUUCUGGGGUAUUCCAUUCUGCCCUGCUGGAGUAGACCCUAACCAGUACACCCAGGUCAUUCUCUGCCAGUUGGAGGUUUAUCAAAAGAGCCUAAAAAUGGCUCAGAGGCAGCUCUUAAAAAAAAAAGGGUUUGGGGAACCAGUGUUACCUAGACCUCCUUCUCUGAUCCAGAAUGAAUGUGGCCAAGGAGAUCAGGCUAGUGAAAAAAAUGAAGGCAUCUCAGAAGAUAUGGGAGAUGAAGACAAAGAGGAGAGGCAGGAGUCUAGGGCAUCUGUCUGGCACUCAAAAACCAAGGAUUUCCAAGGAAACCCAGUUAAAAGCUUGAAAGACAAACUUUUGUUGGAGGAAGAACCAUCAGCCAGUCAUGGUCAGUCUUCCCAAGGGCUGUUUGUUGAAGAAACUUCUGAAGAAGGAAACUCUGUACCUGCCUCACAAAGCAUUGCUGCUUUGACUAGUAAGAGAAGCUCAGUCCUAAUGCCACAGAGUUCUGCAGAGGAAAUUACUGUGUGUCCUGAGACACCACUAAGUUCUUCUGAAACUUUUGACCUUGAAAAAGAAGUCUCUCUAGGCAGCAGAGAGAUCCUGGAUGAAGUAAGAAUAAUAAUGGCAGAUAAGGAGGUUGAUAAUGGGGAAAAUGCUGAGAAGGAAAUACCUAUUUCUACUGUCUCAUCCAGUACCCAGGUGUCCUGCCCACUAUGUGACCAAGACUUUCCACCCACAAAGAUUGAGCGACAUGCCAUGUACUGCAAUGGAAUAGGGCAGGGUACAGUGUUGACUCGGAGACAAAAAGAGGCCAACAGCAAGAGCAAGAGUGACAGCGAGACAACUGCCCAAACUUCUCUAAACAUUGACAAGAAUGAGAAGUGUUAUCUCUGUAAAUCCCUGGUCCCAUUCAGAGAGUACCAGAGUCAUGUAGAGUCCUGUCUCCAGCUUGCAAGGGGUGACCAAGGAGAUAGGCCUGAAGAGAGUGGGAGGAUAUGCUCAGCUAUGGAGGAGAAGUGGCAGCAGCGGCUGAGGAACCCAAAGAAAAAAAAGUGCAGUGAAGGCCGACUCCUCAGUCUCCUGGAACAGUCUGAGCACAAGACUGCAGAUGCAGAAAUAAAGACCAGGUCCUCAGAAACAGGAAGCCUCAGGGUGCCCUUGUCAAGGAUGGAAGAGGCAGGCUGCAGCAGAGAGAUGCAGAGUUCCCUUGCACAUCUCGACUUAAACGAGUCUCCCAUCAAGUCUUUUGUUUCUGUUUCAGAAGCCACAGGUUGCUUAGUGGACUUUAAAAAGCAACUUACUGUCCGGCCAGGUAGCCGGACACGAACCAAAGCAGGCAAAGGAAGAAGGAGAAAACCCUGAAUUUCUAGGGUCCAGAGUUGACAAAACCAUUAGCAAUAGGAGUGGGCCAUGGUCAUUAAGCAUUAGUGGCCCCUGUUUCAUUGUUGAGCAAGUUUUGGCUGUGCAGGUUUCACCACCAGCACCCACUCAGCAUUCUCGUUUUGAUGUUUUCUAUAAGCUAUACAGACAUUGUGUAUAGUAUUCUGUUUUAUAACAAUCUGGAUUCACUUAUAGUUAAAAGAAAAUUUAAAUAUAUUUAUCUAUGUUUG